AAUCGUUUGCUUAAUAAUGGAAAUAUAAGUGCAGACACCAGCAGUAUAAAGUCCUCUCAGCUGCUUCACGCGUCACGUGACACGAGGCCAUGGGGUUGAAUGAAACCGUAGACGCACGUUAUUCCACCUGUAUCACUCACACCUGCUCUGAAAAUCACACAAUUUCCCACAUCACUGACAGGAAAAACCCGUUCGAACAUACUCUGUGCAAUGUCUGCCGAUGAGUGUAUAUCACAGAGUGAUUCCAGGGAAGUUCCUGUCUCUGGAAAUGAUACUGAAGGUUCUGUUAAAACUGAAGAAUAUCAGACCGUAGCUCUCCAUGACUCUCAAAACCAACCGAAUGGGGAUUGUUCAUUCCCUGUCAUGAAGAAUAACACAGGCGAUGAACCGGCAAUACCAUUGAUGACUGGAGACGUGCGUCUUGCUCAAGCCCAGGAGCUGUGGAGCACAGCCAGAGACAAGCCUGUCAAACUGAGGAUGGAGACCUCGGGACUGGGCUCAGAACCUCCAAUGACCAUCCAUCAGAUGUUCCUGGCUACAGUGCAGAAGUACGGAGACUAUCCUGCCCUCCGUGCAAAGAAAGAUGGAAUAUGGAUCACUCUGACCUAUAAGGAGUACUAUCAACAUGCAAGAGCGGCUGCCAAAAGCUUUCUGAAGCUUGGUCUGGAGCGAUUCCAUGGUGUUGGUAUUCUGGGCUUCAAUUCUCCUGAAUGGUUUAUAGCCGAUGUUGGAUGUAUCCUAGCAGGGGGACUGGCCACUGGAAUCUACAGCACUAACUCUCCAGAGGCCUGCCACUAUGUCGCUCAUAACUGUGAAGCUAAUGUCCUAGUUGUGGAAAACAACAAACAACUGAUCAAAAUCCUCCAGGUCAGAGAUCAGCUGCCACAUUUGAAGGCUAUUGUUCAGUACAAGGGUGAACUGGAGCAGGAGUUACCAGACGUAUAUACGUGGGCUGAAUUCAUGAAGUGUGGAGCAGAUGUUCCUGAUUCUGAGCUGGAUGUGUUGAUAGACAGUCAAAAGGCCAACGAGUGCUGCACGUUAAUCUACACAUCAGGCACCACAGGGAAUCCCAAAGGGGUCAUGCUCAGCCAUGAUAAUAUCACUUGGACAGCCAGCGCAGCAGGUCGCAUGGUCAAUCUGAAGAUGGCUGAGGAAGAACUUGUGAGUUACUUGCCCUUGAGUCAUGUGGCGGCCCAAGUUCAAGACAUGUGGAUCUGCAUGAGGUUUGCCGGCAUAACCAGUUUUGCAGAGCCGGAUGCCCUGAAGGGCUCCCUGGCCAACACUCUGAGAGAGGUGCGUCCCACGAGCUUCUUGGGAGUUCCUCGAGUGUGGGAAAAAAUGCAGGAAGCAAUGAAAGCCGUCGGUGCAAAGUCAUCUGUCACAAAAAAGAAGAUUGCAGACUGGGCCAAGGGGAUCGGACUUCAAGCUAGCUAUAAUGCCAUGAAUGGUGAUUCCUCAGUGCCGUGGGGCUUCACGUUGGCGAAUGCCUUUGUUUUCAAGAAUGUAAGAAAAGCUCUUGGCCUUGACCGCUGUAAGGCCUGUUACACAGGUGCAGCUCCGAUCACCAAAGACACACUGGAGUACUUCAUGAGCCUUUACAUCCCUGUCUUUGAGCUGUACGGCAUGAGCGAGAGCACUGGACCUCACUCCAUCUCCUGGGCCGAGGGUUAUCGCAUCAUGAGCUGUGGUAAGGUGUUGACUGGCUGCAAAACUAAAUUAGACAAGCCAGAUACUGAUGGGACCGGUGAGAUAUGUUUCUGGGGGAGGCAUGUGUUUAUGGGAUACCUGAACAUGCCAGAAAAGACUGAGGAGGCACUGGAUACAGACGGGUGGCUUCACUCAGGAGACCUGGGCAAACAUGACAAAGAUGACUUCCUGUUCAUCACUGGCAGAAUAAAAGAAUUAAUCAUUACUGCUGGGGGAGAAAAUGUACCACCCGUCCCUAUUGAGGAUGCCCUAAAAGAGGAGGUGUCAAUCAUCAGUAAUGUCAUGCUGGUUGGAGACAAAAAGAAGUUUCUGUCUAUGCUACUCACACUCAAGUGUAACGUUGAUGACAAUGGAGACCCCAUAGAUGAACUGACACCAUUAGCCGUGGAGUAUUGUCGGCAGCACGGUGUAAUUGCCAGUAAAGUCUCAGAAAUCAUUAACAAAAAAGAACCAGCCAUUUACAAAGCCAUCCAGGAGGGCAUAGACCGCGUAAAUGCCAAAGCCACAUCCAACGCCCAGAGAGUCCAGAAGUGGACCAUCCUUCAACGAGACUUCUCCAUAUCUAGCGGAGAACUUGGUCCAACCAUGAAGCUCAAAAGACCCGUCGUCAGUAAAAUGUAUGAAGAAGAUAUAAACAAAUUUUAUGAUGAAUAACAGAAGAACUCAAAUGAACCUGGGAAUUAAAUGGCUGACUACACUCAUAGGAUCAUAGUCGUUAGCCUUUGACCAGUAAUCUGUGUUUUGCUCACUCCAGGGCUUCCAGUGGACCUCACUAUUAUAACACAAGCCAAACUUGAGAUCUUUUUAUACCAAUAAAUUUAUUACCUUCGGUCCCA